AUGGAAAUCCUGAAGAAUUUAUGAUGGGAAGAAGAAGUCAACGAGAAAUAUCAGAUUAUAAAAAAAUUUACUUACAUUAUUAUGGGCAUUGUCAUAUUUUUUCAUGCUGUGGACAUUUGCAUGCUCACUAACAUUGAGAUUUUGAUAGAAUUCAUUCCAUAUAAUUUAACCCAAAUAGCUGAAUGCAUCAUUAUUUGGCAGAUGGAGAAUAAGAAUAUGAAUAUAAAAUCUGCUGUUGCAAUUUUGAUCUCAGAGACUAAUAUCUGCAUUUGAUACUCAAUGAGCACGAUAGAAAUCCAGCAAAUGAGGACACUUCUAGCAACACUUUCAUUUGCUUCAGUGAUUUUAUGUGAAUGACCAUUUCUAGAAUCAUUUUGAGCGCGAAAUUUUCUAUUGAUUAAAAGUUUGGUUAUUUUUAAUUGAACUGAGCUUUCAAAAGACUUCGAUUUUUUAGUUUUUUCGGGCCUUCCCUUAAUGGUCUGAUUUUUAAUUUUUCUGUUGGCAGAAUUAAGUUGGCAAAGCAUGAAAGAAAAAUCUUAUGGAAAAUUUUUGUACAGAAAGAAUAUAGAAAAUGCAGAGCAGAGGAUUGAGCUUAUUUUAAAGCUUUUUCCUGAUGGAAUUUUGAUAAUUUCCCAAUGCAAAAAAAUUUUGUACUCUAAUGAAAACUUAAUAAAGUUUUUGAAUUGCGAUGUAAAUAAUGUGACUAAUGUUAUAUCUACAAUCGAGUAUACUUUUAUUUUUUGGAAGAAUUAAAUAAUUCAGUAGCGCCAGCGAUCUAGGGUUUGAGGGUCUGCAUCAGGCGGAAGACCCUGGGUGAAUUUUCCGGAAAUAAAUGGGAUUUCAUAAGGUCCUUGAGAUGUGUAGUAGCAAAUUCAGGAUUUUCACGAUAUAAAGGAUACUAGGAGGCUUCUUAUUGAGCUGAGGUGUGAAGAAGGCCCAGACAAUCAUUCGAGCCAAAAUCCUCUUUGGAGUAGGAUCUGCAGCUCCUAGAUAUUGAAUUCAGAAGAAGCAGAGAUCUUCCCUAUAGAUGGCGACGACACUAAUUUUUACGACCCCGUCAAAAAAAAGAAGAACAUCUUGCACGUCUUUACAAGAGUUUUCAUUAAGUUGCUUAAGGGCCUAAAAUAAUGCUAUUAAAAUACUUUCUUUUCUCUCUAAUCGAGUAUUGCAAAGGGAAAAAUUAUUCAAAUUCAAAUUCAAAUAAAUUAAUUGACGAUAUCAUUUCUAUCAAUAAUUUACAAAUAAAUGAAGAAAAACUUCUCGGUAUCACCGAAGUGAACAGCUAUAAUUUAGAAUGGAAAGGCCAAAAGGUGUUGUGAAAUAGCCAGGAGGCAAUUUUGCUAACUCUGAGAAAUGUUAAUAAUAUUAUUCAGUUGGAAAAAUCAGUUUCUGACAAUAAUUUCAAAACUAUAAUUUUGAGAACUGUAUCACAUGAGCUGAGAACUCCCAUUAACGCAAUAUCAGUAUUAGUUGAAUCAUUAAAAGAGGAACCCGAAAUCAAGAAAAAUCAAGAAUGAAGCGAAAAACUAAGCAUUGCAAUGAUUUCUUCGAGGCUUCUAUUAAGCCUCAUAAAUGAUUUGCUGGAUUUUUCGAAAAUUUUGGCUGGAGUAUUUAGUAUUCAAAAGUCAACAUUCUCAUUAAGAGACGCAAUUAAUAGCUCAGUUCAGCUAAUUAAACUUCAACUAGAAAAGAAAGACUUAGGACUUUUUGUAAGGAUAGAUCCUGGAUUACCUGCUUAUAUUUGUACAGAUGCACUUAGGUUUAAUCAGGUUCUUCUUAAUUUGCUUACUCCCCAUACUUGAUCGAACGGUUCCAUUGAAAAAUUCCUAAAAAUUGGGAAAAUUAACCCCUUGAUCGAACGAUUUUUAUAUACUGCAUUUUUUAUAUGCAAUAAACCAAUUGAUUAGUUAAUAUAUAUCUUAAGAGAAAUUCAGGUGCUUUCUUAAUAAUCUAAAAGUUUAGAAUUAUUAAAAAAAAAUAAUUAAUAAGGAACUAAAAUAUUUUAUAGAGCGAAAAGGGUAACCAAAAUUUUUAAAUUAGCAAAAUUUUUUAUUUUUAGAAAUUUUAAUAUUUACUAUCUUAACCUCUUAUUUAAAAGUACAUCAAAACAAUAAAAAUAAUAUAUAUUAUUUUUAUUUAUAAUUUUUCCUAAUUCUUUUUAAAAUCCAUUUUUUGAUAGAUUAACGGGGGUUUGUUCGAUCAAGGAUGGGGAAGUUAGCAAUGCCCUAAAAUUUACAUUAUCAGGCUUUAUUGAAAUAAUUUGCCUUGCAUGCCCUAAUGGACAAUUGAAAGUUAUUGUAGAGGAUACCGGAAUUGGAAUGAAAGCAAAUAAGUUGAAGGAUUUGUUUAGAGAAUUCAGCACUCACAACAAAACUUUAAAUCCUACAGGCUGUGGGCUUGGACUAUUUAUAUCUAAUAUAAUUGCUCAAGAAUUGGGCUCCAAUCAUAUUGAAGCUGAAUCAAAACCUAACCAAGGCUCAUCAUUUAGUUUCUCUAUUGAUAUUUCUGAAGGAAAUUUUCCAAAUGAUACGUUCUACGAUGAAAAUAUCUGCGACAACGUUGACGAAAAUUAUUCUCUAAUCAAAAUAAAGGACUUUACCACAGUCAUUAGUCAAAGUUACCCAAAUAUAUUGAUCGUGGAUGAUAAUGAAUUUAAUAGAAUUGUACUUGGGUCUAUUCUUACUAGUAACAAAAUAUCUUAUCAUGAAGCUUGCACUGGCAGCCAAGCUGUUGAAUAUGUAAAAAUUAUGGAUAAUAAGAGAAAGCCAUACAAAUUAGUAAUUAUGGAUGGAAGUAUGCCUGAACUUAAUGGCUGGGAAGCGACCAAGAUAAUUUAUGAAUUGCAUUCUCAGGGUAAAAUUAAAAAUUUGCCUUCAAUAAUUGGAUACUCUGCGUUCACCUCUGGGCAGGAUGUGAAGGUGUGCAUAGAUGCGGGGAUGAAAGAAUGCAUAUCAAAGCCAUGCAAUUCUGAUGAAUUGAUAAGCAAGAUAUCUCGUUAUCUCUUGUAA